CUUUGUUCAGAAUCCAUUGUAGCUCUUGACCACAACUUCGAACUCUACCGUACCGUACAAGGUAUAACAUCCGCGAUUCAUGACGAACCCGGCGAAGACCAACAAAAACAGCAGCAGCACAAACAGCGACCAGACAAACCAAUCGACCGAGACCAUUGCCGAACUCAGGGUGACCCAAACCGAGCUGACCAGUGGAAACCAAACCGGAAAAGUUUUUGCGCGGCUCUCGGACGGCGCGGUGGCCCUUCGUGUCACAAGGAGUGCCGCCGAGGCCGAUGUUGCCUCGCGGCUGAGGCGCGAGCUACUAAAGGAAGGAGUGUGAGAAUUGGUGUUCGAUACAUCGGAUUAGUGGUCUAUUUGCCUACUUCGUAUCCCUUGCUGACACGCAGCAAAGAGCCGGAUAAGCUAGUCCAAACGUUUGGGAGCAAAACAAGAACGCCAAGAGGAAUCGGCGUACUGUCUAAUCCAGGGGAAACGAAAGAUGCCGGUCACAUUGUUUGGAUUCGUCCUUCUCGAAAUCCUUGUCGUAGUAGUUUUGGUUACCGCUGGGGAAUCUCUGGCCCUCUCGGCAUCGUCGCCUCCCCCCCAAAACCCUCGGCUGAUUCCUUGCUUGGAGUUUGAUGGGACGCCGCCGGUGCCAUCUCAACCCUCGACCGCAGACGGUGCGGAUUGUCCGCUCUUUGAUCCCGGAUUUUGCGGCGGAAGGGUCUGCCGGAAAUGCUACCGGGACGACUAUGAAAUCGGGGCCUGGGAGCGGCUGUCUUCCCUCGAACGAGGCUUCGCCCUCGAAGACGCGGCCGACCGGGCCCGGCAAGCCGCUGGCUCCGAACCAAGAGCGGAUUCCGCUCCCGCCGUAGAACUCGAGCGCAUGGCCGCUGCGUGGAUGUCCCUGGCAGGGAGAGAAACCACUGCCAAACCGGAGCCCGCUCCGGCCGUUCCGAAAGGAUCGAGGGAUGGCGCGUGCGAUGUUGGUGCCGGCGACGUCCUCGGAAGGCAGACCCCUUCGAUAUCCCUUACAAGCCCCGUUGGCAUUUCUGCUGCCAAAGGUUCGCACCAGGGAGGAAACAUUCUUGCCACCGCGGACAGUGGAUCCACCCGAGUGGCCCUUCCGACCAAGAAAGCCGUCGCGGGAAACGAAUCCCCAUCCGGAGGAAACCCCACCACCGAGGCAGCCCCCGAGCCCUCCGGGGGGGAAGGGGUUCUGACCGCAAUGCCCCACGGGUUGCCCCCCCCGACCCCCUGCACACGGAUCUGCCGGUACAACAGGGACUGCUACGGCGGAAAGGUCUGCAUCGGUUGCUUCCGCGAGACGCACGAGAUUGCCUCGUGGAGCGGCAUGUCCCCCGCCGAAAAGAAGUGCUCGCUAGAAGACGCGGCCGAUCGCUCCAGGGACCUCUCCGGGCGUCCCGGGGCUUCGCCGCCGCGCUACGGGGGUGGAAUCGCGGAGGACGAACUGAGGAGGCAGGCCGUCCUGUGGGGAGCCCUGGACGAGACCUCCUUGUAACGGACAGCGUGGAGCGGUUGGCAGGUGUUGGCGUCAAUCGACCAACCUCGUGGAUUGUUUUCUGCCGGGCUUUCUUCUGGCCGGGGGGAGCAGACAAUCGAACCGAAGAAGUACUAGUACAGCGCAAGCAUGGCCCGUGCAAUGACCCUCAACUCAUGGUAUUGUUCCUAAUUGGUGUGCUUGCUGUACACUGCACGGAUCAAGCCAGCCUUCGGAUCGUAUUGGCACCAAAUUGUCCAAUUGGUCCCACGAGUUGCGAUGGAGCCGCAAGAGACGGUGAAAAGUACCGUUUUGCUACAAAGGUCGUUUCAACCGCAAUCUACGUUUCUGUAAACUCUUCAAACAUGCUUAGUUAGUAACGUUAUUUUAGCAGCCAACGAACAAAUCAUAUCGUGUGAA